CGAAAUUAUGUAUGUGGCAACUCAGGAAAGGUUCGUUGGGUAGCCGUAGCUGUCGCCUGUCAGACAGCCAGUGACAGUUGACGUCCGGCACUCCUCGUGUUACGGUCAUUCAACACAUCUACAGAGGUGUGAAAUACUUAAAACGAACUGACAGGCUUCUUCUGAGCUAGUUUCACAUCGUCAUGGCUCCUGAAAGUCAAUGCCUAAGUCGGGAGGGCCUUGUGGAUACACACCGAUCUUUCGUGACUCGGGUUAUGGCCCUUCCUGCCGUCGAUCAGGCUGCCGCCAUGUACCGUGUCACUAAGGAGCAGCAGCCUUACGUUGGCGUUGCACUGCGGCUGGCAGAAGCGGGGAUUAUGAGGACAGUGACGGCUACUGGAGCCAUAAUUCCUCUGGCCACCCCCAUAGCUAACCACGUGGACGGGUUGGCGUGCCAGGUGUUAGACAACGUGGUCAAGGUGGCGCCCAUCAUCACCAAACCAACUGACGAGAUAGUCGACGAAACCCGUCAUUUUGUUAUGAGGAGUAUAGCUGGUGGUCAACAUCACUCGAAACCACUGACAUUGAAAUCAGCAUUAGUCGCUCGUGCUUCGGAUGUGGUUGAUCGUGCAUCAGCCACCGAUUACGGGAGAGCUUUGAUCCAAAUAGCUGAAUCUGUUUUACACUCAGCCCAUCAUGCGGUGGACACUUAUCUCCCUCCAGCCGAAGGCGACAUCCAUCAUGCAGAUGGCUAUGAGGGAAACAUUAGUUCAAAAGCCUUCUCUCUGGUGUAUAAGACUCACGGCAGAUUAAGACGUACUGCCAUGCGCAUGUUGAAGAGUAACAAUAAUGGAAAUGAAGACGAGGAGAUUGUCAUUUAUCCACUGCAUCUGGUUGAGAAUGGCGAUCACCGAUAUGUGAAAUGGUACUACUCUUUACAUGAUAUUCCAUACGUUCAGCAAGUAACCAGUGCCACUACCGCAGCCCAUACGGUUGUAGUGAAGAACAUCGGAUUUUUCUUGGGGACCGCCGUCAAAUUUCCUCGCAUAAUUAGCACGGCAGUAAUCAAGACUGCUGGUAAAUCUUACUCAGUCAUUACCGUUAAUGGGAUGGAUGCUGUCAGGUACUGCUCAUCUAACAGUGUACAACUUGGGAAGUGUGUAACAAUGGCAGCUGUAGGAACAGUCAAUAACGCCACUUGGAUGGUUAGUUCAGCAGCACACAACGCCUUCUCAACUGGUGUGGCUACCACCAGCGCCAUUACCAACACCAGUAAAGACUUGGUGAAAACAGUUGUAAACACCGGAGUCUGUAUGACACACCGAGCGAUGGCUCAUUGUAUGGCUUUAACCAAGGCUUUGCCAGAUUUUGGAGUGAGUAAAAGGUCUCAGAAUUUAUUCCAGACGAUCCAAGCAACUUUUCAUACCCUCAAAGCACAAGGAACUACGACGGUUUUUACAGCAAAGCAGCGUUGCACAGAUGCCCUCGGAAAAGCUCUUCUGGGGGUGCCACCAUCUUUGUAUAUCAGAGGGCACUUGUUAUAUAUGCAGCUGCUCAUUGCCUGUGGUGCCCUCCGUCAAUAUCCAGCUCAAGUUCUCCGGACGUCAAGUCAAAUGCUAGAGAGUGCUCGUCACAUCCCAAUCGAUUCAUAUGCUUGGCUAAGCAACAAGGAUUUAUUUAUUCAAGGCUAUCUUCUAACGGUCAAUAUUCAGAGUCGAUUGUCAUCUCUUCUAAAAAAUUUCAGCUUGGAUGCAAGUAAAGUUAAACUGUCAUAAGGACAAAUUUUUUUUUCUUUUUUACUGAAUGCAGUCAAAUGGUUUAAAAUCAGUAAUUCUAAAGAUAAUAUUUUGCCCAUGUAUGAUUUCUGUACUUGCAUUGUCUAUUAUACUUAAUGAUAGGUUAAGGUACAACCAUAACAGUACAGUACUAUCUGCUUCUGGAUAUAUUUAUUGAAUGGCUCAAGUGUAGUUUUCCUUAAGUAUAUUGUAGCAGAAAUAUUGUUCAGUUUAACAUAUGAGAAUAACCAUUGAAAGUUAAGACAUUUCUGAAUGCUAUACAUGAUGGUUCAGCAGAUCAUGCAGCAUUCUGUACUUUCAUAUUAAUCUGUAGAAAAGUACUCCAGCAUGACUAUAUCCUUGGAAGUUACUGUCACUGAAAUUCAGCUCUCCCGUUUGCAUGUUGGUUCAUGCACAUGGUGAUUGGUCUCUAUUUCACAUAUGUACUGAUACCCUAAUUUACCACUUUUGUAUUUAAUAAAGCCUGUUCACAACC